AUGAGUGCCCUCCGUAUGUCUUUUCGUCGGGCUGCCGCCGGCGCCGGCGCCGGCGUCACCGGUACCUCUUCGACCUCUGCCUCUCGUUCGCUUAGGCCCAUGACGUUUGGAGCCGUCCAGACGCAGAGCCUCUUGGCCCGGCGCAGCAUGGCCUCGCAGGCCGGGAGCAAGAUCAAGGUCCAGAACCCGGUCGUGGAGCUCGACGGUGACGAGAUGACCCGCGUCAUCUGGCAGGUCAUCAAGGACAAGUUCAUCCACCCUUACCUCGACAUCGACAUCAAGUACUACGACCUCGGCCUCCCCUACCGUGACGAGACAAACGACCAGGUCACCCUAGACGCCGCCGAGGCUAUCAAGAAGUACUCUGUCGGUAUCAAGUGUGCCACCAUCACCCCCGAUGAGGGUCGUGUCAAGGAGUUCAACCUCAAGAAGAUGUGGCUCUCCCCCAACGGCACCAUCCGUAACCACCUGGGCGGUACCGUCUUCCGCGAGCCCAUCGUCAUCCCCCGCAUCCCCCGCCUGGUCCCCGGUUGGGAGAAGCCCAUCAUCAUCGGCCGCCACGCCUUUGGCGACCAGUACCGCGCCAAGGACAAAGUUAUCGAGGGCCCAGGAAAGCUGUCCAUGGUCUUCACCCCCGAGGGCGGCAAGCCCGAGGAGAUCGAGGUCUUCAACUUCAAGGACGGCGGCGGCGUCGCCCAGACCCAGUACAACACGGACGAGUCCAUCACCGGCUUCGCCCACGCCUCGUUCAAGCUCGCCAUCACCAAGGGCCUGCCCCUCUACAUGAGCACCAAGAACACCAUCCUCAAGAAGUACGACGGCCGCUUCAAGGACAUCUUCCAGAACAUUUACGAGUCAGACUACAAGUCUCAGUUCGAGUCGAAGGGUAUCUGGUACGAGCACCGUCUCAUCGACGACAUGGUUGCCCAGAUGGUCAAGAGCAACGGUGGAUACAUCAUGGCUCUCAAGAACUACGACGGCGACGUCCAGUCCGACAUUGUCGCUCAGGGAUUCGGCUCCCUAGGCCUGAUGACGUCGGUCCUCAUCACUCCCGACGGCAAGACGUUUGAGUCCGAGGCCGCGCACGGCACCGUGACGCGCCACUUCCGCGAGCACCAAAAGGGCCGCGAGACCUCGACCAACCCCAUCGCCUCCAUCUUCGCCUGGACCCGCGGUCUCGCCCAGCGCGGUCGCCUAGACGACACCCCCGAGCUCGUCGCCUUUGCCGACUCCCUCGAGGAGGCCUGCGUCCAGACCGUCGACGCCGACGGCAUCAUGACAAAGGACCUCGCCCUGGCCUGCGGCAACAAGGACCGCUCGGCCUACGUCACCACCUCCGAGUUCCUCGACGCCGUCGAGAGGCGACUGAAGUCUAACCUCCAGGUGAAGCUGUAA